AUGACAACCUCCUCCGACAACCCUCCGCCGCCGUCCGACCAGCCUCAGCCGCAGCCACCGCCUUCCGCUGCCGUCCGCAAACUAAUAGUCGAGGUAAUCGAGGCCAGGGACCUUCUCCCCAAGGACGGGCAGGGCAGCUCGAGCCCGUACGUGGUGGCAGAUUUCGACGGCCAGAAGCGGCGGACGUCCACCGUGCAGAGGAACCUGAACCCGGUAUGGAACGAGGCCCUGGAGUUCAUCGUCACCGACCCCAACACCAUGGAGUUCGAGGAGCUCAACAUCGAGGUUUUCAACGACAAGAAGCUCAGCAAUGGAAACGCGAGGAAGAACCAUUUUCUGGGGAGGGUGAAGCUGUACGGCUCGCAGUUUGCUCGGCGAGGGGAAGAGGGUUUGGUGUAUUUCACGCUGGAGAAGAAGAGCGUGUUCAGCUGGAUUAGGGGCGAAUUGGGGUUGAAGAUUUAUUAUUAUGACGAGACUUUCGAGGAGCCGCCGCAGCAACAGCAGGAGGAGGAGCCGCCGCCGGGUCCGCCAGCGCAGGAGCAGGAGCCGGAGAAGCCGUUGGGUCCGGAGGAGGUGAUGAAGCGGCCGGUGCUGGUGGUUAUGGAGGAGCCUCCGCCAUCGAUGUCGAUGCCGAUGCCGGCCCAUGUAGCCGUGGAGCCCCGCGAGCACUCGCCGCCGUUUGUCAGGGCUCACGAGCCGCCGCCUCCAGAGAACGCCCCCCAGCCGCAGGAGAACAUGCGGCCGCCUAUGUUUUCUCCAGAUGUGAGGAGAAUGCAAAUGGGGAACGGGUUGAACGGGCCGCCGAUGGGGCCCGGGGAGAGGGUGAGGGUCGCGCGGAGGCCGCCACCAAACGGGGACUACUCGCCGAGGAUAAUCGCCGGGAAAUUGUCCGGGGACGCGUCGGAGAGGAUCCAGGCAUUCGAUCUGGUGGAGCCAAUGCAGUACCUCUUCGUGAGGAUCGUCAAGGCCCGUGGGCUCGGCCCGAACGAGAACCCGCACGUGAAGAUCCGCACCUCCGGCCACUUCGCCAAAUCGAAGCCCGCGGCUACCCCGCCAGGAGGCGACGCGUCGGCGAACUCCGAAUGGAACCAGGUGUUCGCCAUCGGCCACAACAAGGAGACCUCCGCCAGCUCCACCCUCGAGAUCUCUGUCUGGGACGGCGGCCCGUCUGAGAAAUUUCUUGGCGGCGUCUGCUUCGACCUGUCAGACGUCCCCGUCCGGGACCCGCCCGACAGCCCCCUUGCCCCGCAGUGGUACCACCUUGAGGGCGGCGCAGCCCCCGCCUCCGGCGACGACCACAGUGGAGUCUCCGGCGACAUCCAGCUGUCGGUCUGGAUCGGCACACAGGCUGACGACGCGUUCCCCGAGUCGUGGAGCUCCGACGCUCCCCAGCCCUUCGUGGUCUACACGCGCCCCAAGGUGUACCAGGCGCCUAAGCUCUGGUACCUCAGGCUCACCGUCAUCGAAGCCCAGGAUCUGCACAUAAUCCCCAAUCUGCCGCCGCUGACCGCCCCUGAAAUCCGGGUGAAGGGUCAACUCGGGUUCCAAUCGGUUCGGACCCGGCGCGGGUCCAUGAGCCACCAAACCUCCGCCUUCCACUGGAAUGAGGAUUUGAUUUUCGUCGCUGGCGAGCCUCUCGAGGACAACUUAAUCCUGCUGGUGGAGGACCGCACGGGGAAAGAUCCGGUGCUACUUGGCCACGCCAUAAUCCCCGUGGGCUCCGUGGAGCAGCGCCUCGACGAGCGGCACGUGGCUGCCAAGUGGUACGGGCUGGAAGGCGGGCCUGGCCCAAACGGGUCCUAUUGCGGUCGGCUCCAUUUGAGGAUCUGUUUGGAGGGCGGGUACCACGUGCUCGAUGAGGCGGCCCACCUCUGUAGCGAUUUUCGGCCCACGGCCAAACAACUUUGGAAACCUCCAGUUGGGAUUUUGGAGCUCGGGAUUCUCGGAGCCCGAGGCUUGCUCCCGAUGAAAUCCAAGGGCCCGGGAAAAGGGUCCACGGAUGCUUAUUGCGUCGCCAAGUACGGGAAGAAAUGGGUUCGAACCCGAACUGUGAUCGAUAGCUUCGACCCAAGGUGGAACGAGCAGUACACGUGGCAGGUGUACGACCCGUGCACGGUUCUUACUGUGGGCGUGUUCGACAACUGGCACAUGUUCGCUGAAGGGGACAAGGAAAGGCCCGACACGCGAAUCGGGAAAGUUCGGAUACGAGUCUCGACUUUAGAUACUAAUAAGGUAUACAUGAGUUCGUACCCGUUGAUGGUGUUGUUUCGUGGCGGGCUCAAGAAAAUGGGCGAAAUCGAGCUGGCGAUCCGGUUCGCCUGCCCGUCGUUACUGCCCGACACAUGCGGAGUGUACGGGCAGCCGUUGUUGCCACGUAUGCACUAUCUUCGCCCGUUUGGGGUCUCCCAACAGGAGGCCCUUCGCGGGGCAGCCGCCCGAAUUGUGGCGGCUUGGCUGGCGAGAUCCGAGCCGCCACUCGGAUCGGAGGUCGUCCAAUACAUGUUGGACUCGGAUUCUCACAAUUGGAGCUUGAGGAAGAGCAAGGCGAAUUGGUACCGGAUUGUAGCCGUGCUUGCUUGGGCCGUGGGGCUCGCCAAGUGGUUGGACCGUAUUCGGAAGUGGAGGAACCCGAUCACGACUAUAUUGUUCCACAUUCUAUAUUUGGUCCUCGUUUGGUACCCGGACUUAAUCGUGCCGACCGGCUUUCUAUAUGUGUUCUUAAUAGGCGUGUGGUACUAUCGUUUCAAGCCGAAAGUACCUGCGGGUGUCGACGUGAAGCUGUCUCAGGCGGACUCGGUCGACCCGGACGAGCUAGAUGAGGAGUUCGACACUUUCCCGAGCUCAAGGCCGCCGGAGGUCGUUCGGGUUAGGUACGAUAGGUUGAGGAUUUUGGCAGCAAGGGUUCAAACGGUGUUGGGAGAUUUCGCGACGCAAGGGGAGAGGGUCCAAGCCCUCGUGAGCUGGCGGGACCCACGGGCGACGAAGUUGUUCAUAGGGAUUUGUCUCGUGAUCACGAUAGUUUUGUACGCGGUGCCGCCUAAGAUGGUGGCCGUGGCGCUCGGUUUUUACUUUCUCCGGCACCCCAUGUUCCGGGACCCCAUGCCGCCGGCGAGCUUGAGUUUUUUCAGGAGGCUUCCGGGCUUGUCUGAUAGGUUACUUUAG